AAGCACAACAAGAGCUUUAGUAUCAGAACUGCCAUCACCCCAAUGAUGCUUUUCCUCUCCAAAGCCUCCUGCUUCUUGACAAUUCUGGGAACAUUCCUUCUGCUCUUGAAAUCAGGAACGUCCCAAAGCGAUUCAGUGUUCCAGUCCCCGAGUCAGAUGGAAAUCAAAGAAGGAGAGUCUGUCUCUUUAUACUGCAAUUUUUCUAGUUCUUAUAGCGCAAGCCCGGACCUUUAUUGGUACCGUCAACACAGAGGGAGAGGACCCCAGCUGAUCUUUCAUGCGUACAAAAACCCUCAGACGAAGAACCAAUUUGCUGCGGGAAAAUUCUCCACUACUUUGUUUCUUGAAAAUAAGACUGUUCCUCUGACGAUCAAAGGCGCCUCUCUCCAGGAACAGGCUGUGUUUUUCUGUGCUCUGAGACCCACAAAUGCAAACGUCUAUUUUCCUAAUGUAACUAGGGAAAACAAAGCAAAACAGCAACCCACGCCAGUAAUACACUUAGAAGGGAGUUUUGGACAGACAGUAACCCAGAAAGAAAGAACCAUGAUCGUCAACCAAGGAGCAAGAAUCUCUCUUGAUUGUGUCUAUGACAAUAAUGUCUACUACCUUUUCUGGUACAUUCAGCCUCCUGGAAAACCUCCAAGGAUCUUUUUGUCUGAUUUGGGAGAUGGGUCUACCUCCGGCGAGGGACGCAGUCGUGACUUCCAAGCCAAGCAUGAUAGAAAUAAUAAGAGCUUCAACAUGGAGAAAUCUGCCAGCCAGCUGAAUGACUCUGCUGUCUAUUUCUGUGCCGUGAGUGACACAGUGAAGUCAGUCGGUAGAGUAGCAGAGCAAAAACCUGCAAGGGGAAAUGAGCCCAGAUCUGCAUGA